GGCUCUUCCUAUAUUGACCUCAAGCUGCCUUCUCGGGUAUCAGAGGGAGCAGUCAUUUAAAUCCAUUACGGACAAGCAGUGGGAGUUAUUUUUUGAUCGAUUAAAAGACUACUCGCAGGAGGAGCAUAACGUUUAUUCUGUGACUCUGCACUUGUAAAUGUAAUUUAAAAUGCCGAUGAGAAGAUAUUAUUUGGAAAAAUAAAAUCCCAAUUGUCCAAUCAAAUAACAGUUGUAUACUCGUUACUGGAGAGGUGAGAGGAAAUGAAAUAUACAACACCAAACCACGUGUUGUCUUUAUUUCCGACGUAAACUCUUCUGAACGUUUAGGGACAGGUUUACUGUGGACUUCGCUUCAAAACUGACAGGACAAGUGAUGAAUGUGCCCGACAAAAGUCAUCACUUCAAUCUGUAAUCUCCAGACCUGAACAGAGGGAUAAAUUUACAUGCAAUUUAUUUUUUGAAGUUGGAGUGGUACAAGAUAAGCUUUUUUGUGAAGGCUGUGCAGCUUAUAGAAAUAAGAUUUGUGUUGUAAUUCCCAUGGAUUUACCUGAUCGAUAUGCUUGUUUCAGUAAUGCUGUUGAGAAAAGUCUUAAAAGCAUACUAAGCUUGAUGGAUGCUGCAACAAGCUUACCUCAAUGAUAGAUUUAUUGUCCUAUUUAUUUAUCAUAGUGAUGUUUCACUGUCCUCGUGCAAAAUAAAUAUUCAAAGUAAUUUAUAAAUGACUUUUGAUAAACUAGACCAACAGGAGAACUCGGAUAUGAAUGGUAUAUUCGACCCGUUUCGAUGCAAACUGUGCAUUUCAGUGCCAAAGGGAAAACGAAAGCUCUUGAAGAAAAUUCUUCAUCCACUAAUAAAAUGGAUUGAUCCAUCUUUCGAGUUCCUAAACAUUCAGGAAAAUGGGAAUCAACCUCGAAAUAGUAUAUAUCUUCAAGAACAUUCACAACAGUGCGAGGUGGAAUAUUUAAGAGCACCUGCUAUUAGUGUCAUUUUAUUUUUAGCUGAAAAUGGCACUGUGUCAUCGAAAGAUGUCCAGAAAAGUUUUCUCAUGCCUCCUUGGGAAUACCAUCAUAAAGUUGAACUUUUUAAUGUGCGUUCUCCAGAACGGACCGCAGCUUGCCAGGAAUUCUAUGGAAUAGCAGAUGACAUGCCACUAUGGUCUGUUUGUCCUGUUCACUACGGAAACGAGCAUCUCAGGGUUCUUAUUUACGUGAAGAGUUUUGAGAAGAUGGUGGAAUUUUAUAGAGUGAUUACUGACUGUGAGAUGGAAAGUAAUAAACCUGGUUUCUGUAUUUUUCAAAUGUAUUCCCAUCCAGGGGUAGAUAUUCAGAUAGCAUUAAAAUACUCUAAAUUCAUCGAGCCCUACCCAAUAUCAACAACAUUCUUAACAUUCAAAGUGACAAAUGUGGAUUCUAUUAAAACAUUUACUGGAUGCACCGUGGAUAAAAUAAGUGACAGUUCAUUCAUAGCUACCGAUCCUGAUGGAAACGCGGUUCGUUUGCAUCAAGUUCAAAAUCAAGAGGUUUCCCACACAAGAAAAUCUAGUGUUAUUAAUAAUAACAAAUUACAGGAGGAUAUCAAAAGUUGUCGGAGUUCCGACAGUCAUGACUCGGGACGAUGCUCUGAUAGCGAAUUUUGGAAUAGCGAGCCCGAACCUCAUAAAAAUGACUCUUUUGCACCUCGCAGCCAAAGAGAAUUUGUACCUCAUUCUACUACUUGUAGUUCUUUCAUGCCAUCAAAACAUUCUGUAAACCCGGUGGCUAAAUGCAAAACAAAGGCAGUAUAUUUAUAACAGGAAUUUUAAUUAUUUUGUGUGCAAACAUACUGAUAUUGUGUUUUAUUAUUAACGGUUUUUGUGCAAUAAACCUAUUUUGAA